AUGCGUUUUGUUCCUGUAAGAGCAAUGAGUGGCCGGCAGCCUCUGUCAGUAACAGCUGAUCAAGACGUUUCAAUCCAGAGAGCAGUAGCAAAAGUAUUUCCAGUAAUCCAUCACCACUUUUCAUUGUGGCAAAUUAAUGCAAAGGAACAAGAGCUUGCGGGUCUGAUGGGUCAUGGAUUCACUAAAGAUUAUGAAAAGUGUGUUUACCAGAGCCAGACAGUUGAUGAAUUUGACACCGCAUGGAAUGCUCUACUCAUCAAAUAUGGAUUGAAGGACAAUGCUUGGCUAAAAGAAAUGUACGAGAAACGUGCAUCUUGGGUUCCGUUCUAUAUAAAGAGCACAUUUUCAGCCGGAAUUCCUUUGAAAGAAAGCAUGGAAUCAUUCCUUGGUGCGCUUUUAAAUGGCCAAACACCUCUCCCAGAGUUCAUUCAAAGGUACGAAAGAGGUCUUGAGCGACGUCGUGAAGAAGAACGAAAAGAGGAUUUUAACACUUCUAAUUUUCAAACUUUUUUGCAAACAAAAGAACCUGUAGAAGAACAAUGUAGAAGGCUUUACACUCUUGCAAUAUUCAAAGUAUUUCAAAAAGAGCUUUUGCAAUGCUAUAGUUAUCUCGGGUUUAAAAUCUACGAAGAAGGGCCCCUCAGCAGGUAUUUGGUGCGCAAGUGUGGAAAUGAGGACAUGGAGAAGCAUGUAGUUACUUUCAAUGCAUCCAAUAUUGACAUUAAUUGUAGCUGUCAGAUGUUUGAAUAUGAAGGUGUUCUUUGUAGACGUGUGUUGAGGGAUUUCCAAAUAUUGGAAUUAAGAGAAGUUCCUUCACGCUACAUCCUACACCGCUGGACUAGAAAUGCCGAGGAUGGGGUUUUUCCUGACAUAGAAUCAUGGAGUAGCUCCCAGGAGCUAAAAAGUUUGAUGCUGUGGAGUCUAAGAGAAACAGCGUCUAAAUACAUAGAUGCCGGUGCAUCAUCCAUUGAAAAGUAUAAACUUGCCUAUGAGAUUUUGCGCGAGGGUGGGAGAAAGCUGUGCUGGCACAGGUGA